CAAGUCCCCACAACACUGCAGGCUUACCUUGAAGCGAUCCCUGAUACUCUGCCCUGUCAGCACCUUCCUGGGUCCCACCCUUUACCUUUUGCUGGUGAUCUCACCUGGGUCACUCCCACUCCACUCAAUACCGGAAGGGAUUCUCGGAGACGCAGAUCCCCCAACAACCGCCACCAUGUCCAGCAAGAAGACCAAGGCAAAGACCACCAAGAAACGUCCUCAGAGGGCGACAUCCAAUGUGUUCGCCAUGUUUGACCAGUCUCAGAUUCAGGAGUUUAAAGAGGCCUUCAACAUGAUUGACCAAAACAGGGACGGAUUCAUCGACAAGGAGGAUCUGCAUGAUAUGCUGGCUUCUAUGGGUAAGAACCCUUCUGACGAGUACUUGGAAGGGAUGAUGAGCGAGGCUCCCGGCCCUAUUAACUUCACCAUGUUCUUAACCAUGUUUGGAGAGAAACUGAACGGAACAGACCCUGAGGAUGUGAUCAGGAACGCAUUUGCCUGCUUCGACGAAGAGUGCACAGGUUUCAUCAAUGAAGACCACUUGAGGGAGCUUCUCACUACGAUGGGAGACCGAUUCACAGACGAAGAGGUGGACGAGAUGUACAGAGAGGCCCCCAUCGACAAGAAGGGCAACUUCAAUUACGUGGAAUUCACCCGCAUCCUGAAACACGGAGCCAAGGAUAAGGACGACUAGAAUGUUUAUGGGGAAUGUGAAGGAUGGUGGAGUCUUACGGCGGCAAAACGUGGAAGUAAUUGUGAUGGGAACAGAAGCACGUUCCUUCCGUGUUUUGCAUCUGAAGGCUAAAGGCUUGAUAGCAAAAGAAAUCCCACCAAAACAGUAGGGGCCAUAUUUAAAACACUCAAAAUGAUGAGGUUAUGGUAUGUUAGAGGGAAGCGUCCAAUCACAAUCCAACACAAGGGUCUUCUGAUACACUUUUAACAAGCGCCAUCAGAGCUAAGAAGAUGCGUGAAGAGGUCCAUACUGGCUAAUCACACAUAUAUAUACCCCACACACAAGGUCUCAAUAACUUUACUUGGGGUGGGGGGCUGUAGUGUUGGUGCCUACAGCUAGGUAUAGAAGUCCAGCCUCGACGAUUUGCCUCUUUGUUAAAGUAAUAAUUCCUCUGACCUCAGCUCCUUAGAUGUGAAAAGUCUUAAUAAUAUAUAAACAUGAAUAAAUAAAUUUACUAUGGAAA